AUGACUGCGACGUACGACUUUGUCAUUGUGGGCGGCGGCGUUGCCGGCUUGGUAGUAGCGGCACGCCUGUCCGAGAUCCCAGAUCUCCAAGUCCUGGUGCUCGAGGCGGGAGAAGACCAAACGGCGGAUCCUCGGGUCAAUAUUCCCGCAUUAGGCCCCAGUUUGGUGAAGACGCCUUCUGACUGGCAGUUCCGGACGGUGCCACAAGAAGGCCUUGGUGGCCGAGAGAUUGUCGUGCCUCAGGGCCGCCUCCUUGGUGGCUCGGGUGCGCUCAACGGCCUCUCUUUCACUGUCACCACAAAGUCCAACGUUGAAGCGUGGGCCAGUUUAGGCAACCCCAGUUGGAACUGGCCUACUUUCAAAGAGGCUUCUGAAAAGACCUACUCCAUCGCAUCUGGUGAGGGGAAAGGUCCUCUCAAGUUGUCUCUUCCAGACAACGCGGAGUCUUUCUGGCCAAAGGUCUGGCAAGACACCAUCCGCGGGCUGGGCUUCGCGGACUCUUGCGAUCCCUUGAGUGGCCAGGGAGUCGGCAGCAGCAUCACACCCGACACUGUAGACCCGGAGACAAAGCAGAGAAGCUAUGCCGCUAGCACAUACCUCCAGUCUGCAAAGUCCCGGUCUAACCUUACUGUUGUGACGGGAGCACUCGUGAACAAGAUCGUCUUCAAGGCAGAUGCUGGCGAGAUUGUCGCUGAAGCUGUCCAGUACACCAAGGAUGGCGAAACGAAAACAGUGACGGCACGAAAGGAAGUUGUGUUGACUGCUGGCACGCUUAACUCGUCACGACUCCUCGAGCUCUCUGGUGUCGGAAAUGCAGAGCUUCUUCGUGGACUCGGCAUCGACGUUGUGCUUGAUAACCCCCACGUUGGCGAGAACCUUCAGAACCACGUCAUGGUUGGCGCAAGCUUCGAGGCCCUUCCAGAACACGACACCAUGGAUAGUAUUGUCCGGCAGGAUCCGGCGGCCGUUGGAGCUGCUAUGGAGGCGUAUGGCAAGGGCACCGGACCCUUUGCCCGAAGCGGUACUUCGGCGACGGCGCAGCUCCCUCUGCCGGCUGGUGAGGACCUGUGCCAGCUUCUCGACAAGUUGGGUGGACCCAAGACAUCUGCAACUCCGGCCUUCACAAAGGCCCUUGAAACGUAUGUACGGUCCGUCCUGACGUCGUCCUCUGAGCCUUCGGGAUACUAUCUGUCGUUUCCUGGGUAUGCCUUGUUCAGCGGAGAUGGAACCAUGGCACCUCCACCUCCUGGCGACGAGAAAUACUUCACAAUAGCCAUACUCCUCGCUCACCCACUCUCGCGAGGUUCGAGUCACAUUACGUCGGCAUCCUUGGAGUCAUCCGCCCUUGCCAUCGACCCCGCCUAUCUUUCUCAUCCUUUUGACGUCGAAGUCUUGGCCAGGCAUGUCCGGCUACUGGAGAAGAUUGCAGCUAGUGAGCCGCUUCGCAGUCAGCUGAAGACGGGAGGAAAGCGUAAUCCGAACAAUGCUUUGACUGAUCUCGAGCAAGCCAAGGAUUUUGUGCGCCAGACUGCAAUUGGCGCUCAUCACUUCACGGGCACUUGCUCCAUGAUGCCUCGUGAACUAGGUGGAGUGGUCGACGAGAAGCUGCGUGUGCAUGGUAUCCGUGGGUUGCGGGUGGCUGAUGCUUCCAUUGUUCCCAUUACGGUGCGUGCCAACCCGCAGGCGACCGUAUAUGCCAUUGGCGAGCGUGCUGGCGAUCUGAUCAAGUCGAGUCUUUGA